AUGGCACCGGCAACACCAGCAGCGGCUACGUUUGCGUCUUCUGCGCCCCCAGCGAAAGCUGCCCGUCGUUCCUCUGGAAAGGCCAUGGGGCAUUCUCGUUCCUACCCUCGAGGCGUCGGUCUUGAUUUCCGCAAAUUAGCUGGGUUAACCCUUCUUUCAUACAUUGACCAUCAUGCGGUUUCCGUGCGCCCGGAAGCUCCUCCGUCAGAAUUGGCAGUGGCGGUCGCUCGUCACUUUGAAGGGAUGGAAGUUGAUGAGGAAGAAUGCAUUGGUGGAUUUUUGGAGCGAUUGGAAAAGGGAACCGGAGCAACCGAAUACUCUCGAAAGACCGCCUACUUUGAUGGCAGAAUGCCUCAGCCUGCCGUGAGGAAGCGAAAGCGGACCAAGUUGGCAGCUCGCCCUGGUGAACAGGUCGCUGCCAAGGUCACAAGGACCGAUGAAAACGGCAGCUGGAUCCUUGCUAGUGUCCAAAGGUUUUAUUCGGAGCAGGACACCUACGAUGUGCAGGAUGAAGAUGACACCAGCAAGUUAAUUCGCUUGCCAUGGUCUCAUGUUAUGCGCCUCUCAACUGGCGUGGAAGGAUGCUUCGCAAAGGGAACAGAUUGCAUGGCCAUCUUCCCAGAAACGACAUCGUUCUACAGAGCCAAAGUUAGCAAAGACCCUGUUUGGAAGCUUGAUAGGUCCAGUUCUCCCGUUGUGAAGGAAAUCAUUGUCAAGUUUGAAGAUGACGAAGACCAGCAAGGUCGCACUCCCCAUCGACGCGUUCCCGCUCGUUACGUCAUUCCCAUCCCCAAUCAGUACUUCUACGAUGAAUUGGAGGAUGCUGAUCUCUCUCCACCCCAAGGAAAGUAAACAAAAUGGCGGAAUGAUCGUGUUGGCAAGCAACCCGAUGGGUUGAUGAGAAUUGGACGGAAGGAUUGUGACUUCGCUGUGACGACCAGUCAGGAAACUCAAUAUAUGUGUUGGAGCUGAGACAAGGUCAUUAUAAGCUAGUUUGUUUUGUCUGCAAAGUUUUGAUGGAUGGCACAGCUAUGAUUUGAAUGCC